AUGGCGAAUUCGCAGAAUGUCGAGCUGGAAGCAGCAAAGUUUUUGCAUAAACUUAUCCAGGAGUCCAAGGACGAACCUAAUAAAUUGGCGACGAAGCUUUAUGUGAUCUUGCAGCACAUGAGAUCUAGUGGGAAAGAAAAUUCAAUGCCAUAUCAAGUCAUAUCAAGGGCUAUGGAAACUGUUAUCAAAGAACAUAAUCUCGACAUUGAAAGUCUAAUGUCUUCGCGUCUUCCUGUAGCAUCUGGGACUCAAAUUGGAGAUUCUGCAUCAUCACAAUUAGGCGGGACGUCUCAGCAGGCAGGGGCUGCCAAGGACUCUAAACCAAGCUUUCAAGGCAAUGAGAUGGGCACAUCUGGCCCAUCAAGUGGUGGAUCUGACUUAUAUCAAGGUUCUGCAGCCAAUCCACAUGGUGCUUCUGUUAAGGCUCUUGCUGCGGCCCCAGGCUCUUCUUAUUUACCUGCAGAAUCAGCUAACAGGAUGCAAUUUGGUAACACUCCCUUUGAUAGCCAAGGUUUCACUGCAAAGACAUCAAAGGACAGAAGCAUGGAAGUGUUCCCUUCCAUUCCGCCAGGCGAUCAUUCAGCUGGCAAAAGUGUAGCUGGGAAGACAUUGGAUCAUAUUGGUUCUAGUAUGGUAUCAAAUGCAAAUAAGGGUUAUUCUCCGAGCAGUCUUCCAGAACCAAACAUACCUAGAGCGAGUGGUACUAGGGAUACUGGGAAAUCUCCUAUUUCUCAGGCUUCUAGCCCAGGCCGUCUAUUUAACGAUCAGCAGUUAAAACAGCUCAGAGCCCAGUGUCUUGUGUUUUUGGCUUUUAGAAAUGGUUUGAUGCCGAAGAAACUUCAUCUUGAUAUUGCUCUUGGAAAUAUUUAUGCUAAAGAAGAUGGAUCUCGCAGAGAGUUUAUCGACCAGAGAGAGAAGGAGCAACUUAUUAAUGAACCAAGUAGUGGUCCACAAGCUCUGAGGGCCCUGGAAAGACCAGAUGGUGGUAAGGGUCAGUCUUCUAUUUUGAAUUCCUAUCCAUCAAAAGAAGCCAUACCCGCUAAAUUGUCAGAGGAGAGAAGCAGUCUACCUGCCAUUUCAGCUGAAAAUGAUCAGGACAGGAAAAGUUCAGUUGCAAGAGGGAAAACUGAACCUGGAUUUCUUACUAACGAAGCCAAAGAAUUACAUGCAUCUGCACAACUAGAACCAUCUGAACAAUCAAAGUUCGAGGAGAGUGGGGGGUCUGGAAAUGGAUUUCCUAGUGAUAUUAUCAAGUUGCCAUUAUCAACCAGUUUUGGAAUGAAUGACGUGGGUUUAUACAGAAAGGAUGAUGCCAAAAGUGGCACUCAAAAUAAUCUGGAUAUGAAUUCUCACAGCAAGUUAUAUUCCGAUAAUAAGUUGCCGAGUAUUCACGUGAAGGACCAAUGGAAGCCAGUUGCAGGAAUGAGUGGCCAAAAUCACCCUGCCAUUCCAUUUAAAGAUCCCAAUAUAAUGCUGCAAAAUGUUUCACAAGUGCCAGGGGCAGAUCAGGAAGAGGAUUAUAUGUCAAUAUCAACUGAAAGGCAACCUUCUCCAAAACAUACCACCAUUGAAAGGUGGAUCUUGGAUCGCCAGAAGAGGAAAGUUCUUGUCGAGCAGAAUUGGGCUCAUAAACAGCAGAAGACAGAACAGAGAAUUGCUUCUCGUUCUGAAAAGCUAAAGGAAAUUGUUAGCUCUUCAGAAGAUAUCUCUGCAAAAACCAAAAGCGUAAUUGAACUGAAAAAGCUUCAGUUGUUGGAGUUGCAGCGACGACUUCGGAGUGACAUCUUAAAUGACUUCUGCAAACCAAUAGCCACCGAAAUGGAUAGAUUGAAAUCAAUUAAGAAGCACAGAAUAGGUAGGAGAUCGAAACAAAUUGAAAGAUAUGAGCAGAGAAUGAAGGAGGAGCGGCUGAAGAGGAUUAGAGAAAAGCAGAAGGAUUUCUUUAGUGAACUAGAAGUCCACAGAGAAAGACUGGAAGAUGGGUUUAAAAUUAAGAGAGAGCGCUGGAAAGGAUUUAAUAGACAUGUGAGGGAAUUCCAUAAGAGGAAGGAAAGAUUUCAUCGCGAGAAGAUAGACAGGAUCCAGCGUGAAAAGAUUAAUUUAUUGAAAAUUAAUGAUGUUGAAGGAUAUCUCCGCAUGGUUCAGGAUGCAAAAUCUGAUCGGGUUAAACAACUACUGAAAGAGACUGAAAAGUAUUUGCAAAAGCUUGGGUCCAAACUAAAGGAUGCUAAGACCAUGGCGAGACACUUUGAGAGUGACAUGGACGAGAGUAAAGGGGCAUUUACUGAGGAGAAUGAAGAUUCUGUUGAGAACGAAGAUGAAAAAGAUCAGGCCAAGCACUAUUUGGAAAGCAAUGAGAAGUACUACAUGAUGGCACAUAGUGUAAAAGAAAACAUUAUUGGGCAGCCAACCUGCCUCGUGGGUGGAAAACUGAGAGAGUAUCAAAUGAAUGGACUGAGAUGGUUGGUUUCACUUUAUAAUAACCAUUUGAAUGGCAUACUAGCAGAUGAAAUGGGCUUGGGGAAAACUGUUCAGGUUAUAUCUCUAAUUUGCUACCUAAUGGAAAACAAAAAUGAUAGAGGACCUUUUCUAGUGGUCGUACCAUCGUCUGUUCUACCUGGAUGGCAGUCGGAGAUCAAUUUCUGGGCACCGAGCAUCCACAAAAUUGUUUAUUCUGGUCCACCUGAUGAACGUAGAAGAUUAUUCAAGGAACACAUUGUGCACCAGAAAUUCAAUGUUCUUUUGACGACAUAUGAAUAUUUGAUGAACAAGCAUGAUCGACCGAAGUUAAGCAAAAUCCAGUGGCAUUAUAUCAUUAUUGAUGAAGGGCAUCGCAUUAAGAAUGCUUCCUGCAAGUUAAAUGCUGAAUUGAAACAUUAUCGUAGCAAUCACAGAUUACUUUUGACUGGAACCCCCCUGCAGAAUAAUCUCGAGGAACUUUGGGCACUGCUUAACUUUUUGUUGCCAAACAUCUUUAACUCAUCUGAUGAUUUUUCUCAAUGGUUCAAUAAACCAUUUGAGAGCAAUGGUGAUAAUUCACCAGACGAGGCUUUGCUGUCCGAAGAGGAAAAUCUUUUGAUCAUAAACCGUCUUCACCAAGUUCUCCGACCAUUUGUACUUAGAAGAUUAAAGCACAAGGUUGAGAAUGAAUUGCCUGAAAAGAUCGAAAGACUUAUUAGAUGUGAAGCUUCUGCAUAUCAAAAGUUAUUGAUGAAGAGAGUGGAAGACAAUCUUGGUGCAAUUGGAACUUCGAAGGCUCGUACUGUGCAUAACUCAGUUAUGGAACUGCGGAAUAUAUGCAAUCAUCCAUAUCUAAGUCAGCUUCACGUGGAAGAGGUUCAUGAUUUGAUUCCAAACCACUAUCUUCCCAAUAUUGUGAGACUUUGUGGGAAGCUUGAGAUGUUAGACCGGUUAUUGCCCAAACUAAAGGCCACAGAUCAUCGGGUUCUUCUUUUCUCAACAAUGACUAGAUUACUUGAUGUGAUGGAGGACUAUCUUUGCUGGAAACAAUAUAAAUAUCUCCGAUUAGAUGGUCAUACUUCAGGGGGCGAUCGGGGAGCCCUCAUUGAGCAGUUCAAUAAUCCACAUUCUCCAUACUUCAUAUUUUUGCUCAGUAUCCGAGCUGGGGGUGUUGGUGUGAAUCUCCAGGCUGCUGACACCGUGAUUAUCUUUGAUACAGAUUGGAAUCCCCAGGUUGACCUGCAAGCACAAGCUAGGGCUCAUAGGAUUGGGCAAAAAAAGGAUGUUCUAGUGCUUCGACUAGAAACUGUCCAAACUGUUGAGGAACAAGUUAGAGCUUCUGCUGAGCACAAACUUGGGGUUGCUAAUCAGAGUAUAACUGCUGGUUUUUUCGACAAUAAUACAAGUGCUGAAGAUCGAAGAGAAUACUUGGAAUCUCUUCUCCGGGAGUGCAAGAAAGAGGAGGUUGCACCUGUUCUAGAUGAUGAUUCUCUUAAUGAUGUUAUAGCGCGCAGUGAGGCAGAAAUUGAUAUUUUUGAGUCAGUUGAUAAAGAGAGGCGAGCACAAGAAAUGGUUGCAUGGAAAAAUAUGUUUGAAGGAGAUGGUUCGGAGAAACCUGAGCAGAUUCCACCUCUGCCUUCUCGACUUUUAACUGAUGAUGACUUAAAAUCAUUUUACGAUGUCAUGAAGAUCUCCGAAACACCGACACCUAGCGUAUUACCUAACCCUGGGAUGAAGAGGAAGAGUGGGUAUAUUGGAGGCCUUGAUACCCAACAAUAUGGAAGAGGCAAACGUGCUAGGGAGGUGCGUUCUUAUGAAGAGCAAAUGACAGAGGAAGAGUUUGAAAGAAUGUGCGCUUUCGAGUCUCCAGAUUCCCCCAUAGUGAAGCAAGAAACCACUGGGCAAACAUCGGUGGCUGUUGCCUCAAGCAGCCCGACUGUGGUCAUGGGUGGGACGCAAGCACUGGCAGCACCUCAACUACUUCAACAUCCAAAAGUCGAGCCUAAUACGACGCUGCAAAGUAAAGCAAUUGCCCCUACGCCUGCCCCUACGCCUACUCCUCCAUCUAAAAGGGGGCGUGGGAGGCCGAAAAGAGUCGUGGUUGAACCCUCUCCACCGGCUCCAUGUCCUCUGCCUUUGGGGUUUGAAAAGCCAGAGGAGGUCCCCAAGGUUGAAUCUAAGUCUGUGGAACCUGGCCUGAGUUCUUUAUCUAGCAAUACAGCUUAUGAUAGAAGUAUCAGUGAUGUUGGUGUGCAAGAUUCGGGAAGGAUUCCUACUACUGCAACCAACUCCGUGCCAGCUAUUCCUCCUCCAGUCACAGUCACUGUCACGCCUAUCUCCCAAAUUACUCCUGUUAUAUCCACAUCGUCCGGGCGGGGCAGAGGACGGGCUCGAAAAUCUCAAACAGUUGGAGAAACUCCUACUUCAAGGCGCCGAGGAAAAAUACAGCCCGUAACAUUACAACCUGUCCCAGUGACGCCUUCUGUCACUAGUGAUAAACUGCCCACAGGAGACAUUACUCCUAGCUUGUCUUAUCCUGCAAGUACUACUGCCGUUCAAGUGAACGCCGUUGUUAAAGAAGUUUCCAGUGAAUUGAAUUCAGCUUCACCGGCUUCUGUGGCACCAACUGUCGCACCUGUUUCUGUGGCGCCAUCCGUACCUGCGCCUGUUUCUGUGGCGCCAUCCGUACCUGCGCCUGUUUCUGUGGCACCAUCCGUACCUGCGCCUGCUUCUGGGGUGCCAUCCGUACCUGCGGCUGUUCCUGUGGCACCAUCCAUACCUGCGCCUGCUUCUGGGGUACCAUCCGUACCUGCGGCUGUUUCUGUGGCACCAUCCGUACCUGCGGCUGUUUCUGUGGCACCAUCCGUACCUGCGCCUGCUUCUGUGGUUCCCACAACUUCAGGCUUAAGUCCAGUUGACGUGAAGUCACAGCUAGGGGUCCAGCCUGGUUCUGUAGUGGCUUCUGCUCAUGUUUCUACGGGUCCGGUGUUGGUGGCGAGUGUUAAUCAGCCAGGUUCCACCAUCAUGCCUACAUCAAGUCCCGAAGCUGGCACUUCUGUAGUCCCUGGUGUUCUUGUUGAACCAUUUCCUUCCCCUUCUGUAACAAGCCGUGGGCGGGGCCGAGGGCGGGGGCGGGGCCGGGCCCGAGGCCGAGGGCUAAAUACUGCUCCUAGUCAAGAAGAGACGACGCCACUCCAGCGUAGGCGAAGGAGGCAGGAGCCUGCAGUGUCCGUUGUUCCUGGUGCAGCAACUGGUCAGGACUCAGCAUCGAGUGAACCUCCACAGAAAAGAACUCGAGCUUCUGGUGGACGGAAGGACGUCACAGUAAGUGAGAGGGACCAACAAUCAACAAUCACAAGUCAAAAUAUUGGAGGUCCUGCUGAUGACCAAGUUCCAAAAGGUGAAGUCAUGGGUGAAGAAAAGUUUGCGGAUCCUCCCCAAGAGCAAACUAAAAAUGGAAAAGAAGAAAAGGACCAUACCAAUGCGUUAAAUUCCAACUUUGCUGAUGGUUUGCCACCCGUGUUGACCUCUAGUUCAGCAGCUAAAGAAUCUAAUAACAAGACAGUGUCCGUUAACAAGGAUCCUUGUGGGGAUGGUCCUCUUGUUUCAGUUCCUGUGGUGUUUGGAAGUGAUAUUGAACAUGGAACAUCUGGAGACACACAAUCUUUACUACUAAUGAAUAGCAGCUCUAUUGUGAUGGAUAAAGAGCAAGUUUCUGAUAGAUCUACUGUUGAGGCUGCAGCUACACCUGGAUCAAUGCCUAUUGCUGGUGAAAAUGAAGAUGGAAAGAUUGACGUACUUGUGAAAAGCACAAAUAUGUAUGAACUUCCAGCAUCAGAUAAUUUGUUGAAGGGCUCAACUGAUCAAGUUUCCUCUAGCUCAAUCCUUGAAUUAUUUGAUACGGAAAGGACUCCAGUUGCAGCUGAAGUUCCCCAGAGCAACCCUGUUGAGGCAGCCAAAGGGCAGGUUCUGGAUGGUGCCCGAACUCAGGCUGGUUCAGCUCUUGGAUCAAUGCCUUCACCUGCUGAGACAGGCCAGUGUGUGUCUUCUUGUGUAAAGGAAGGGGACAAAAUUGUUGAGUCUUCUAAAAGGCCUAAUCUGGAUGAAUCUUCAGCUUUGGUCAAUAACACUUCCAAGAUGGCAAAAAACAUUGAUAAUGAAUCUGGAGAAGUGCAAAAGGAUGAGCAUGAAAACAAGGCAACUACAGUUGAGGCGCCUGUUUCGACUGCUGCUGAACUUCAUGUGAAUAUUUCUGCUGUGGCCACCUGCCCCGAUCCUCCUGGCAGUGUUACAAAGGAAGUAUGCAGUGAACCUGAUUCAGAUUCACCCGAUGCUUUGGCAUCAUCUGCUUCUGGCAAUGUUGAUGUUGGGUCACAAGGAGCAUUGGCCAGUGCUUCAGAAACUGGUAUUGUAGCUGUGGGAAGCGUUGAUCAGCCAGAAUCAACUCUCAAAGCAGUAGAUCAAGAUAUUGCAGAAUCAACACCCAAAGCAGUAGAUCAAGAUAUUGCAGAUUCAAUACUCAAAGCUGUAGAUCAAGAUGCAGAAUCGGCAACGAAAGCAGUAGAUCAGGAUAUUGCAGAUCUUGCCAUGGAGCCUCAUCUUAAAGGCAAAGAUCAAGGCAUCCAAGUCCCCACAUCAAAACCUUCUGAUACAUUGCCAUCAACCUCGACCUUGGAUCCAGCAGUUGUAGCCUCUCUCUCUCUGGAUUUCAAUUCAGGUACUCAGUCCACUGGAGGAGGCGGAGAGUCUAAUGAUAAUGAUAAGGACCCCUGUGGGAAUGAUAGUUCGUUAGCAUCAACCCCCAUGGUAUCAGCAAGUGAUAGCUUUGCGGCAUCCGAAGAUUUACAUGCAGGGGACACAUCUAUUGAGGUCGUAAAAGAGCAAGGUUCAAAUGAAGCUACUUCUGAGGCUGCAGAACAUGAAUCAACUUCUCCUGCUG